ACAUAGGAUGUGCGUUUCUUUAGGUGUUGGUUCAGCUCUGCCCUCUGCCCUUCAGGGACGGCCGGUGGCACACGCCAGGCACUUCCUGGAGCUGCUGUGGCCCACGAAGUGGCACUGGCAGCAUCCCAGCUGGAUAAUUGCAGGAGCUGAUGGUGCAGCUUGAGGCUGGCCAGGAAAUCCAGGAGUCAGCAGAAGGGCCCCGUGGCAGCAGGGCUGAGGCCGGGCCUUGUCCCGCACACGUGCACCCAGCAUGGGCAGCUCCUGCCCCACCUCUGCAGCCACCCAUAAAAGCGCUGUCCUGGCCCAGGGCUGCAUCCACUGCUGCGGCCUCACUCUGCUCAGCCCAAGGCCAGCCUCAUCUCUGUCACACCAAGAUGUCCUGCUACGAUGUGUGUCCCCCCCCAGGAGCAGCUACGAGCUGUGCACCCCCCAAAACCAGCGUGGCUGUGCCCCAGCCCAUCGCUGAGAGCUGCAACGAGCUGUGUGCCCGCCAGUGCCCCGACUCCUCGGCCUUGAUCCAGCCGCCCCCCGUGGUGGUCACCUUCCCCGGCCCCAUCCUCACCUCCUUCCCCCAGCAAGCCGUGGUGGGCUCCUCCGGAGCACCGGCCUUUGGCGGCUCCCUGGGGCUGGGCGGCCUCUACGGUGCCGGCGCCACCCAGGCCUCGGCUGGCCUCUGCACCUUUGGCAGAGCCUGCGCUGCUCCCGCCUACAGCCCUUGCGCCCUGCCCCGCUACAGCAAGAAGCUCUGGGACACCUGCGGGCCCUGCUAGAGCCACCACAGCCCAGCCCAAACGCGUGCGGCCGCCUCAGCCCAGCAUGGAGAAGUUGAGCUCUGCACAAGCUGCCCUGGCCUCCCACAGCCCAUGACACCCGGCCUGCCUGGGGCUUUUCCACCAUCCCUCUCCUGACCUCUCCUGCCCUUCUUGCUACAAUAAAGUUUUCUUGCAUCC